AUGCUCUCCAUCGCUACCCUCUUUGACGACGAACAGCGCCUGCUCAACCGCGUGUGGAUCGUCCUCCUCGGCCUCGAGGCCCUGCUGGUGCUCGUCGGCACUAUUUCGGCCGUUGUUCGGGGUGUGGUGGCCUUCCGACGACGCCGGCCCGGCGGCCUACGCCGAGCCGGCAGCCACCAUCACGGGCGACCACGACGAGUAACGAUUGAGCUGCCGGCGACUGCGUUUCCGGAUUACGACGACCGACACACGGAUGUGGACGGCGACAGAUAUGACGAGAAGACGGGCAUGGAUACGUUCAUGGGUGUGGAUAUGGAUGUGCACGCCGAGCACGAUAUUUUCUAUGCCGACGAACGAUUUCACACGCCGACACGAGCACGAACACCGACGCACAUGGUAAACUCGCCGUCACGAAACGUGUGA